GCCGCCGCCGAAGGAGGAUGGUACUCACUCUCAAAUAGCCGCCCAACCCUGCCGACAAACACAUCCUGUCUCGCGGUUGAAAGCACUUUUACAUUUCGAACGCAUAAUCGUAUCGUACUUUCAAGGUUUUGAUAUCGAUGAAACCGCGACGCGCCUUGUGUGGAGGGCAUGUAGAAAAAAAAGUUUCGUUUUAGCGUUUGAGUUUUUUUUUUUUCACCCCUCGGUUGGACACGCAGGGGCGUUUUUUUCAAGUUUGGAGAAUUAGGGCAGGUUGCUGUCCUGUGGAAUGGAUGACGUCCUGGAGCAGGACCAGUAUGAGGAGCGCCUGAAGGAAGUUUUUGAUGGCUUCGACGCUAGUGGUUGUGGCUCACUGUGCCCGGAGGAGCUGGCCGACCUCUGCCUGUCACUGCACUUGGAGGACGUGGCCCCGGCCCUACUUGACGCGCUGCUGCAGGGUCGGGACCGCAUCACAGACAGGGUUGACUUUGAGCAGUUCAGGGAUGCGCUGAUUCUGGUGUUGUCAUCCGGCAUCGAGGCUCCCCGAGCGCAACGGGAAGUCCCGUCCAGACCAGAGUCACCCGAUAUCCAACCAAAGUUUGUGAAGGGCAGCAAACGUUACGGCCGUCGCUCCAAGCCCGAAUCGGCCAACGCCAUUUUAGACUUUUGCGAAGACGAGCACAAUCAAGGCGAAGACACCACAGGCGGCGAGGACACCAAGGACAGCGAUGACUCGGCUGUUCCAAGGAAACGUGAGCGCUGCAAUGCAAAUGAAACUAUCACGGAGGAGUACGAAGCAGAAGGCCAGAUGCAUCUGUGGAACCCAGAUGAGCCGAGUACGACUCGAGGAUGUGUUUCGGCGGCUCUGAAGGAGAGGCUCCAGGAAGCCUGCGAAGAGUUGGCCAUAUCUUGGCAGGGACGCGCCGGCCACACGGAGCUGCUCGCCCUAUGCGAUUAUUUAGGCUUGGAGUUGAGUGCGGAUGUACUCCAUGGCUUGAACGGGGACGGAUGGAUCAACGUUCAAGAGUUUGUUUCCAUGGUUUUAAAGUACAACAAGCCCGCCACCCCGUCGGCCUCCACCCCGUACAGGCAGCUGAAAAGACAACACUCCACUCAGCCCUUCGAUGAGGUGGGCCGGCGGAUUGCCAAUCCUUGCGCCCUGAUGGGCAGCGUCGGCAUGAGUCUGUUCUCGACCCUGGACGACGGCACUGGCUUCACUCCGGUCGAAUCCAUCAUCGACGCCUGGAUGGAGGAAGGCAUCGAAAAUAGCAUUGAGAUCCUGCAGGCAUUAAAUUUCAGCCUUGAGGGCAAGCUCAGUCUCUGCGAUCUGACCGUCGCGCUGGAAAAUGAACUCCUGGGCACCAAGAACGGAAUCCACCAGGCAGCGCUGGCCAGUUUCAAAGCAGAAAUCAGACAUCUCCUUGAGCGCGUGGAAGGCGAGUUGAGGGAGAAGGAGAAAAUCCGCUCGGACCUGGAAAAGGCGGAAAGGCUGAAAACCCAGCUGGCCACUGAGGUGGAUGAGCAUCACUUGUCAAUCGAGCGCACAAAUCAUCUUAACCUCAGGAAGCUCGAGGAGAUGCACCAAGAGAAGCUUGCGGCAGUGCGCUCGGAGCUGAUGAAGGAGAUGGACCUGAUCCGCCAACAGGCGGCGCAGCAAUGCGAGGAACUGGAGGCCGAGGUGGGAAAGAUUAAGGAGGAUGAGUCCUUCCUCCGGGACCACCUCUCCAUCUCCGUCAAGGAAAACAGACGUCUGGAGAUGGACUUGCUGGACUGCAGUGAACAAUUGACCAAGGCCCAAAGCCAAGUGACAAAACUGCAGGCAAGUUUGGACAACGUGAUGAAAGAGAAGUUUGGCGACCUGGACCCCGGCAGUGCUGACUUCUUCCUGCAGGAGGAACGCAUUAAGCAGUUGCGACUGGGCUACGAAGCGCAGUGCAGGGAAUUGCAGGAUCGUGUGGAUGAGCUGCAGUCCCAGCUGCAGGACUUCCACAGCUUGGGCCGAACUCGGCAGCGCUGCCCCCAGCCACUCUCAGAGGAGCUGGAAAGCAAAAGCCCCGGCGUGGAGUCGGACCCGGGCCUCGGAUCGGAGGAAGUGCAUCCCUUCAUCAGUAUGAGUCUGGAGGCGGAGAUGAUGCUGGAGCAGCAAAAGGAGCAGCAUUUGCGCCAAAUGGAUGACUUGAAGAACCAGCUGGAGACCAAAAUCAUUGAAUUCAACGCUGCGGUUGAGCAACACGAGGUCCAGAAGACGGCACUGGCCCUCCAGCACCGACAGGAGUUCCAGGGCUCGAGGGAGGAGUUGGCCACCAUUCGGUCACGAGAGCGGGAGCUCCAGAGCCAGCUUGAGCUGGCAGAACUGGAGCUGACCCGCCUGGAGGAGGAGACGAGCACCCUUCGGCGGCAGCUCCUUGAGGUGGAGGCCGUCGCGGCGGAAAGGGAGGAGCAGCUGAGGAACCUGCAAGAGCGAAAGGCAGACCUAUGCGCUGAGAUGGAGGAGCUACGAAACCAACACGCCAGUCUGGUAAAGGCUCUGGAAAAGAAGAACAUGGAAGAGUUGGAAACCAGACUGCAGGACUGGGAGAAGAAACGCCAGCAAGAGACGGACGAGUUGGAGAAGAGCUGGAUGGAUUGUUUCGAAAAGGAAAAAGAACAACUGACGCAAAGACAUCAGGAGGAGCUGACAGCCAGACUUGAUGAGGCGAGGUCCGGCUUGGAGGAGGAGCACGACCGCACUGUGAAAAGGCUGACCGAGGAGUGGCAGAGGCAGCGAGCUCACCUGGACGAGCAGAACAACGAGUCCCUGCAGGCGCUGCUGGAGGAGGCCAUGCUGAGGCUGGUCAAGGAGCAGGAGGACAAGGAGACCCAGCUCCAGGAGCAGUGGGAGAGCGAGAAGCUGCGUCUUCAAGAACAGCACGAGCAGCGGGAGGCCAAGCUCAAGCAGGAGUGGGAGCGGGAGAGGCUGCAGCUGGAGGAGGACUAUGAAGGCAUGCUCCAGGAGAGACUGGACGAGGAACGGGAGAAGCACGAGGCAGAGAAGGAGGAGCUGGAGAGGAGGCUGGAAGGCCUGGCGGACCUGCAGGUAGAGAGCCACCGGGAGGCCCUGCGAGAGAUGACCGUCCAACAUGCAGAAGAGAGGAACACGCUCAGUGAGAUGCUGGAUAAGCUACGGGGCGACAUCGCUCAGGAGAGACAUCAACUGGAGCAGCUCAACCAGGACAAAGUUGCCGCCGAACAGCUAGCAGAGAAUCUCAACAAAGAGAUGUCCGACCUUCGCUCGCAAAGCCGGCGACUUCACAACGAGAACGGGAUGCUGGCUGAGAAGAAUGCCCGCAGCCUGGCCGACGUGGACGAGCUCAAGCGGCAGCUGGCCGAGCUGAUAAAAGACGACGAAAAGCAGGAGGCGCUCACCGGCGAGGAGAAGAAAGAGCUCGCAGCUUGCGUGCGCGCUCUGGAGGCCGAGUUGACCAAAGCUGUGAAGGACGCAGCCAGGCUGGAGGACAGAAACGCCGAGCUGGCCCGGCAGGUGUCCGGCCUCGAGGAGAAGCUGAUGGAGGCGGACUCGAUGGAGAAUCAUCUCAGCCACCUGACGGACGGCCGAAAAGAUGCGGCCAAAGAGACCCGGGGUCUUCGCAAACAGCUAGCUAAAUUCCAGGAGCGGGUGAAGAGCAUGGAUGACACCCUCCAGGCCCUGAGUCAUCAGAAGGCUUGCCUGCGGUCGGAUCUGCGCAUCAUGCAGCAGGACCGAGAUUCACUCCGCCAGGAAGUCGCCGUCCUGCGCAAGCAGCUGCAGAACGCCUCCGACAAGAACCAUAUUUUGGAGCUGGGCUUGCACGAGUCGCCCAUCCAAAGUCCCAGCAGGAAGCUCCAAAGAGACGGCGCGCUACAGCCGAAGGAACAAGACGACAAGGUCAGCAUCCUGUCGCUGAAGCAGCAGCAGCACAAAAACAGCCAGGCGAUGCUGCUCAAAGCCUUGGAGAAGGAGAACGCCUCCCUCAAGGAGGAAGUGGAUGCCCAGAAGCUGCUCAUCGAGGACCUCGCGGCGAAGGAAGGACAUGCACAGCUGCAGGAGGAAAAUGAGGCGCUCAAGGCCGAAAUAGCUCGGCUCACUGCGAAACUCUUUGAGUCAUACCAGGUUCACUUCACCGGACUCUUGCCGACGUCGCCACACAGGACGGCAAGAGGACAUCGUUCAGACGCCGACGUCGGGCAGGGAGCUGCGGCGGAGCAGCGAGCUCACACCAACGCGGAAGGCUACCGGCGGCUCGGCGGGCUUUAACGCCACUGUCUUCUUCUAUCUGCCAAGAUGGCCGCUCUGUACUUAUCUUUUUAUUUAGGGCGUCCUCGAUGACGACGCAAAUAUGUGAACGUGUCAAUGCAUUGCACCGCUGCUAGGUGGCGCCAAAGUUUCCCAAUGGGAUUUCAAUGGAGAUGAUCUCGAAAAUGUUUCGUGUUGUUUUGAUUCAAUGCUCUUGUUCUCAAAAGAGAGGGAAGUCCUUUUAAUUAAACGCAGCGUAUGCUUUCUGCACAUAAUGCUAAUGUGAUUGUUUGCUAAUGAUCAGGCAUGACAAAGCUUCCGAGACUCAGCUCGCCAUCAAAAUAUUUAGUUACACGGGUCCCACGACUGUCUGGGUUUCUUUUUUGUUUGGCCUUUUAUGAGAAUUUGACUUGCACAUGAUGUUGAUGAAUGUUUGUUCAAGCUGCAGUUUUUUUGUUUGUUUGUUUGUCAUAAGGGACUUUUUCCCCUGUUUUGCUGCUGUACCACUAAAGGUGGAUCAUAAUUUUUUAUUUUUUUUUGUUGGGUUUUCAAGAUGAGAAGAAGAAACUGUUAAAUUAUCACACACACACUCACCUCAGUUGAUUUUGAAUGUUAAUGAGUUAUUUAUUUAUAUAUGUUGUCGUCACACGAGCCAUGCGUUCACAGUUUUAUUAUUAUUAUUAUUAUUUAUGAGUAUGUUCUUUAAUUUAUUCAUUUUGGGGGUCGAUUCCAUGAUUUUUGUAUUUAAUUUUUUUUUAUUGCACAUUUCCCUCCCAUAUUGAUGGUACAGCGUUUCCUAUCGCAAGUGACAAAUGUUGCCAGGGUUACCAAAAUAAGGUGACAUUAGGGUAUGGACUCAGAUUUAGCCGUUGAGCCACGUUCUUACUUGGACCGACAACCAGGUGUUCACCGAGAGGUAGAGCUCCUCGGUUGGUCUUGUACAUAUUUUCUCAUUUCCACUGACUAAUUUUGAUGAGGUUACCAAGAUGAUCAUUAGGGUACCGACUUUAAAUGAUUGGGGAAAGGAUGGAUUUGGAUUUACCUGUUCAUAUAUGCCGGUCCUCCAGUUUUCAACUAGAAGAAUAGUUCCUGUAUUGAUUCGGUCCAUAUUUUCUUGCUUCCAUUGACAAAUGUUUUAAAACAAACAAUACCAAAAUAAGUCAUUGGGCACCGACUUCCAAUGACUGAGGACGGAAUGGAUUCGUUUUUACCCGUUCACCUGCGCCUAUUGCCCAAUUCCCACAUAUGAGCUCUUGUUCCUGGAUCAUUUGUACAUAUUUUUUUUACUCCACUGACAUUUUUUUUUAAAUCUUUUGACCACACAAUUUCCUACCUCCCAUUUUAUUUUUCAUGUUAUUAUUCUUUUUCUGAAAUGUAACAGACAUGAUGUGAUGGAAUCGAAUAAAGUUUCCAGCAAAUACAGGUCA